CACUUCAUAUGGCAGCUGCUAAUGGACAUAUUGAUAUUGUGGAGUAUCUUAUAAAGCAUGGAGUGGAUCUUAAUGUUUGUAAUGUGGAGAAAAAUACAGCUCUUCACUGGGCUUGCCUCAACGGUCAUAUUGAGGUGGUUAAGAAUUUGAUUCUAGCAGGAUCCAAUGUAACUAUGCUAAACAGGUAUGAAAGGACUCCAAUGGAUGAAGCCGUAAGCAGGGGGAAGAUGGAAGUCAUUGAUGCAAUCAAUGCAGCUGUUGCGCAAGUUGAACUUAAUGAAGUUAGAGUUUCCUAACAGGAAUUUAGCAGAUUAUCAUGUAUAUUUUUCACCUUACACCACCUCUAUAAGUAGGGAAAAGUGAACUUAAUGAAGUUAAGAGUUUCCUUUGUUGAACUUAAUGAAGUUAAAGAGUUGGAACUUGAUUCC